CAGUUUUCAGUUUUCUCGGCGCUUUCGUUGCGACAAGUUGUUGCUGUGUUUGCCCCAACACACAGCUAAAAAGCAAAACUAAAUUUGACAGACGCACAGAUUAGUUUGAUACCGUUUGUUGCAUUCGCAGCUGCUUAUUAAGCGGGAGCAAGACCGAGGGAAAGGUAGAAAGAGAGAGAGCGUGAGCGAAACAGAGGCAGUCAGCGAGCGCGCGCAAAUUCGAGUGUUUGUUUUUGUUUUUCGUUCUUUUUUUUCUCAUUCCUUGCUGCUGCCAUUUCCUUUGACUGUAAUGUGUUUGGCUGCCAUUGUAACGGUGCAGUGUGUCAGUGUUGCAAAGCGCUAGGAGCAUGGCUCGCAAGGAUGAUCCCGUCUUCAAUGUGAAAUUCGUGCAGCUGGUCGAGAAUCAGCCUUGCCUCUGGAACUACACACAUCCGGGCUACAGCAAAAAGGAGGAGGUGCAAAAGGCCUGGCAACAUGUGGCCAAUGAAAUAAAGGACACAGUUCGGAAUUCGCGUGAGCGUUGGCGCACCAUUCGGAGUAGCUUCCUGCGAUCCCUGAAGCUGGCGCGCACCCAGACGGGUCGCGGCAAGCGCAAGUACUACCUGUCCAAGUAUCUGCAGUUUCUGAUACCCUACACAAAGUCGCGCGCCUGUCACAAGCAGCUGCCACUCGGCCAGCCGCCCAAUCCCAAUCCCAAUCCCAGCUCGAAUCUCAAUGCGAAUUCGAACUCGAGCUCGAGCCCGAGCGGCGGCAUGGUGCUGCGCAAGCCGAGCACCUCGGCGACAACGGCGGCAGCGGCGGCCACAUAUCUGACGCGCAUCGGCCACAUGCGACUCCUGGAGCAGCAUCAUCACCAGCAGCAACAACAGCAACAGCAGCAGCAGCAGCAGCAUCAAUUGCAUCAACAAGAGCUGCAGGAGCUGGAGCGAGAACGGGAACGGGAGCAGCAACGCCAUCAUCAGCAGGAGGAGGACACCAAAGACAGCAAUGGCAGCCACGAGGAUGAGGAGGAGGAGGCGGCAGAGUCACACGACGAGCAGGACGACCACCACCCGCAGGAGGCAGCAGCAGCUCUCUCGCCCCUGCGACUGCAGGCCAUCAAAGUGGAGCACCAGCAGCACCAGCCGCAGAGCACAGAUAAGAUUGUCGCUGCUGCUGUGGGUGCACAGCAUUCGCUCGUCACGUUGCCCGUUUCGAUGGCGGCGGCGCUGCGCAACAACAUGGACUGGACGAUGGCCGAGUGGCUCAAAGGCAGCGCCAACCAGUUGCACUACAACAGCAACACCGGCAACACCAACAGCAACAACAACAACAACAACAGCAGCAGCAAUUGCAAUAAUCUGACAGCAACGCCACCAGGUGCAAGCACACCUGCGCCCGCUGCUGCGUCAGCGCCGGCGUCGGCAGCGCCAACACCUGGCCUGACGCUCGCUCAGCCCGACGCCGAUUAUUCGUUUUUAAUCAGCCUGCAUCCAUAUCUGAAAGAAAUGAGCGGCAAACAGAAUCGUCGAUUUAGGCAAAAGGUCGUAGGGCUCAUUGACAAUGUGCUGGAUAAUUUGGAUGUAUAGCAAAAAAAAAAAAAAAAAAGAAUAGACAAACAAAC